UUGAUGUCUAAUAAUGCAGCAUGUUUAACGGCCACAGCCGUCAAACAUGUAUCCACAUACCUCAUUCCAAAUUUAAGCAUACCCUCAAGACACUCGACAACCUCUUUCACUGUUUAUUUAUUUUACAGGCACAACACAAAGACAAAGAAGUAGACUGGAAGUGUCGACACAGUGUCAAGCAUGGAGAGACAUUCAAGCGUAGCUAAAUACCAUUAACUUCAGUCCUACAGUGACCCCUGGAGGACCUCGGGCCGUAGAUUGGACACCUGUGCGCCUCCUGACACUAAUUUCCUGAUUGGCUGAGAGGAGGUUGCGUGGUCACACAGAAAGUCCAGCAGAAGCGAAUCCCCUCUGCGGGAAGUGUCUCUCUGUCAACCUGAGAACAACCGCAGUCGAUUAACUCCUGCGUCCACGUGGAUAAUCAACCAUGGAAUUAUUAGCUCGAUAUCUGGACAGGAGCAAUUCAAUUAGCUCUGUCAUGACUCAAGAUGUUAUCAAGGAGGAGAACCUGAGAGAUGACCUGAGGUACUACUUCAUGAGCCCGUGUGAGAAGUACAGGGCCCGACAGCAAAUACCCUGGAAACUGGGUGUGCAGAUCCUGAAGAUUGUCAUGAUCACCACACAACUCAUCCUGUUCGGCCUCAACAACCAGCUGGUGGUGUCCUAUAAGGAGGAGAACACCAUAGCCCUCAAAAACCUUUUCCUGAAGGACUACAGCGGGGUGGACGAGGACGACUACUGUGUUGCUGUCUACACCCAAUAUGAUGUUAAGGACAGCCUGUUUUAUGUCCUGGAUCAGUACAGCCAGUUGGGCCGGCUCUCUACGGGUCCCAUCAGUUACGCUGAGGAUGAAGACGGCGAACUGCUGCCUCUCAUCAUCUGUAAAGAGUACUACAAGAGAGGCAGCGUGGAGCCCUCAGACGAGGUCUACGACAUAGACGCCCAGCUGGAGAGAGUUUGUAUGUCACAUGAUCCAAAGACUGCAAACCUGUGGAGAACCCAAAAUUCAUCAUUUUUUGAUCUGGACUUUUACAGGCUGGUCGACAUCAAAAUAACCUUCCAGCUGAAGGGAAUCAACCUACAGACCGUGCGCUCGCGGGAGUUACCUGACUGCUACUCGUUCUUUGUCACGAUAACAUUUGACAACCAGUGUCACAGUGGAAAGGUGAAAAUAUUCCUGGACAUAGACGCUCAGAGCAGCACGUGUACGGACUGGAAGAUAUCUGGGACGGCUCAGAAGAACACGCACUAUCUUCUGAUGUUUGAUGGCUUCGUCAUUCUGGUUUGCCUCACAUCAGCUGUGCUGUGCACCCGCUCCAUCGUACUGGCUGUGAGGCUACUCCAGAGAUUCUCCCGAUUCUUCCAUGAGAACUACAAUCGUAAAGUGUGUGAGGACGAUCAGAGGGAGUUUCUGAACGGCUGGUAUGUGCUGGUCAUUGUCAGCGACAUCUUGGCCAUAGUUGGAUCCAUACUGAAGAUGGAAAUACAAGCAAAGAGUCUGACCAGUUACGAUGUGUGCAGUAUCUUCCUGGGAACAUCUACGUUAAUGGUGUGGGUUGGUGUUAUCAGGUACCUGGGAUACUUCCAGAAAUACAACGUGCUGAUUUUAACCAUGAAAGCAGCCUUCCCCAAGGUUCUGCGUUUCUGCUGCUGUGCCGGCAUGAUCUACCUCGGCUACACCUUCUGCGGGUGGAUUGUACUGGGCCCGUAUCAUGAAAAGUUUGAGGGGCUGAGUCGUGUGGCGGAGUGUCUGUUCUCCCUGUUGAACGGUGACGACAUGUUCACCACGUUCGCCCAGCUGAAGGACAAAAACACGCUGGUGUGGAUCUUCAGUCGGGCGUACCUCUACUCCUUCAUCUCCCUGUUCAUUUACAUGGUGCUGUCGCUCUUCAUCGCCCUCAUCACAGACGCCUACGAGACCAUCAAGAACUACCAGAGGGAUGGGUUCCCGUUGACAGACUUGCAGAAGUUCCUGAGAGAGCAGAAAGAUUUUCCUGUUGUAGAGGAGAACAGUCAGACAGACGUUCACGUCAGACAGUCUCUGCUCUGUUGCUGCCAACGAGUUCCAGAAAAUGAUGAUGUCAUACUGAUCAGUUGACAACUGUCCCACCUCCAGAUGAGACGAUUCAGGGAGCAGGAGCAUGAGGGGGAGGAGGAUGCUGGGAACAGGACUUCACGCGUAUGAUGUAGACUUCAGAUGCUUCCGCUGAAGAAUCCUGGAGCGUGUAUUUCCAGGAGUAAAAAGUGCAAUAUGAAAUGCUGGAAACUGGAACUCAAGUUUAAGAGUUGGAACUGGGAGCAAGGCAAAAAGGUUUCACAUGUUAUUUAACAGUAUCUGUUGGAGUUCAGGAUACUGAUGAGUUUACUGGGCCUUAUUUAGGCAUGCAUAUGCGCUAGUUGCCAAAGAGCUGGAUUCGGUGUUGAUUUGCACUUGAUUAUUUCUGCAAACACCGGGUCUAUGCAACAUCAUGCAGUGCUAGAGGAAAUGUAUUUGUCAAAUGUUGUAGUAAAGAGUGCAAUAAAGCCAAUGUUUGUUUUACAUUACAUUACAUAUAUCAAAUGUUAGACUACGUUUCUCGUUUUUUCUGCAAGUGUGCACAUUGAGCUUUGAGUUACACAGCAAGUAACAAGUAAGUGGUCAAAGCUGUGGAUUAAUCCCAUUAUUUCCAUGAUCAAUGUCUUACCAGCAGUGAUGGGAACUUGAUAUAAAAUAAGAACAACGUUUCAGUACAACAAAUCUCUCGUGUGCUCAGAAAAAUAUUAGGUGCUCCAAAGAUUUCUCUAAAUUUCAUAACAUGUUCGCAGAUGGGCUGAGAUUGAGAAAGAGGGGAGUUUUAAAUGACUACACCAGCACCAGAGCAUGAGUCACGGUAAUCAUCAAAUCUACGAGCAUGUCAAGCUAUUAAAACAAGCUGGAGCAUGCCUUCUCACCUGCACUGUGACUACUAUGCGUUUACCUGAUAAAAAUCAAACGAACAUGUUUCAUUAAACCCUUGAGUUUGAUCUGACAAAUCAUCAGAGCUCAUCUGCAAGACCUGCAUUUCCCUUUAGGGUGCUUCUUCAUAAUAUCAUCCAAAAGAUCCUUUGACUGAUUUCAGUCUGGAUGUGAUAAAAUGUCUGAGAGAUCAGGCGGUUCUAUGGCAUGUGUUAAUGAGCUGACACGCCAUUUAGUGCCACCUCAGUGUUUUUCAUAUGUGGCAAUACUGCCCUUGUAUUAGUAAUAUCUCAUUUCAUACUAGGACUGGAGUUCAAGUCAAAACAGAUACCAAAUCCUUUUCACUCAAAGAAUUUCUAUCGACUAAUCUGUGAGUUUAGUUUGGGUCAACAAACAUCAGGAACAUGAGCUAAUGACAAAUUUCAAAACACUCACAAUUGUGGAAAAUGGGAAUAAGCCUUCCAUUGAAGUCAAGACAGUAAACACAGUAGGUUUGAAUGUGAACAGAGGAACUGCUCCAAAAUUAUGACUCAGAAUAAAGGAGAAUCCACCCAUUAUAUGAAUUCACAAUGUUUUUGUGCUCCAAGGCACUUCAGUGUGUUGGUAAACCUCCACUACAUUCUUUGUGUUGUAGACUGACUUGAUAUAACAAGUUCAAAGCUGGAUUACCAAACCAGCAUAGCAGGCACCUGCUUUGCCCCGGGGGCUUCCAAAUGCCUCAAAUUAGAUGACCACACAGAAGACUGGGAGUCAAGACAGCAGUACCGGUUGGGUGUAAGUGUAUGUGAAAAAUGUGUCAUCUACUGAAUGGGAUUUUGGUGGAGACUGUACAUGCACACUUUACAGAGGAUGUGAGGUGUAGGGGGGCCUCAACAAAUUAGUUCCUCAGGGCCCCAUAACAGAUAAACACAGCCAUGGCCAUGCUCUGCAAUCAAGGUAUUGAGUCACUUUUGUCAGCGGUGAAGAAGUGCUUCUCUGUAAUCUUUGCUGUUUUGUUAAAUACUGAAAAUGUU